AUGCCGUUCGCGCAGCUGGUCAUCGGCCCGCCCGGGUCGGGCAAGACGACGUACUGCUUUGGCCAGUACCAAUUCCUGUCGCUCCUCUCGCGGCCUUGCAGCGUGAUCAACCUCGAUCCUGCCAACGACCGGCUUCCGUAUCCAUGUGCGGUGGACAUCAACCGUCUCAUCUCCGUGCGCGAUGUGAUGGCUGAACUGUCGCUCGGGCCGAAUGCUGCCAUGCUGUACUGCAUCGAAUACCUCGAGAAGAAUGUGGAUUGGCUCAUCCAGGAGCUCAAGCGCGUCAUGGACGAGCAACGUCAGGGCAAGACAGGCCAGAUUGCGGGUCGUGGCGACCAGGAAACACCUAUUGGACCUGUCAGUCCGGGCUUCGAGUAUCUCAUCUUUGACCUGCCCGGCCAGGUCGAGCUGUCCACCAACCAUCCGGCGCUCAAGCGCAUCCUCGCAACGCUUGAAAAGCAGCUCGGCUUGCGCUUCGUUGCGGUCCACCUCACAGAUGCCACCCACAUCACGGAUGCCUCGCGAUACGUGUCCAUCCUCAUUCUCGCGCUCCGAGCCAUGCUGACGCUCGAGCUGCCUCACGUCAACGUGCUAUCCAAGGUGGACCUGCUGGGCCAGUCGUUCAUCUCGCGCUCCAAACGCUCUCUCGACCGCUAUGGACCGGAUAGCGACACCGAUGCAGAUGACGACGAAGACAUGGAGGAUGCCUCGGCGGACCAACCCGGUAAUCGGGCAGAGAUGGGUCUGCAGUCGGAUCUCGCCUUCAAUCUGGAUUUCUACACGCAAGUACAGGACCUGUCGUACUUGCGCGAUCUGCUCUCGCAACCUUCCGGUCCAGGAUCCUCGCUUCGCAACGAGAAGUACGGCAAGCUCAACGAAGCGAUUUGCGAGCUCGUCGAGGACUUUGGUCUGGUCUCUUUCGAGACGCUGGCCGUCGAGGACCGUCGAUCCAUGUUUCGGCUGUUGCAGGUGCUGGACAAGGCGGUGGGCUACAUCUACGUCUCGGCAUCCUCCAAUGCCUACGACUACGGCGACGACGAGAACGAGGGCUUGUACGAGCCGGGACGCGCUUCUGCGACUGCCGGCGCUGCGCUUCGCGGCCAGAUGGGAGCGGAUGCGCAUUCGCUGUUCAGCGUGGCGGAUCGAGGCGACCCGCUCGGAUGGGGCGAUGCGUUGGAAGUGCAAGAGAGGUACAUCGACCACCGCGAGCUGUACGAAGAGGCCGAGGCCGAGGAGAGAAAGCAGAUGCACGAGAAGGAGUGGGAGCAAAAAGUCUGGUCCGAGGUGCGCAAGGCGACCGAAGAACAGAAGCAAAAGCAGAGCAAAUAG